AUGUCCAAGCCGGUGGACCACGUCAAGCGGCCCAUGAACGCUUUCAUGGUGUGGUCGCGGGCCCAGCGGCGCAAGAUGGCCCAGGAGAACCCCAAGAUGCACAACUCGGAGAUCAGCAAGCGGCUGGGCGCCGAGUGGAAGCUGCUCACCGAGGCGGAGAAGCGGCCGUUCAUCGACGAGGCCAAGCGCCUGCGCGCCAUGCACAUGAAAGAGCACCCCGACUACAAGUACCGGCCGCGGCGCAAGCCCAAGACGCUGCUCAAAAAGGACAAGUUCGCCUUCCCCGUGCCCUACGGCCUGGGCGGCGUGGCCGACGCCGAGCACCCGGCGCUCAAGGCGGGCGCCGGGCUGCACGCGGGCGCGGGCGGCGGCCUGGUGCCGGAGUCGCUGCUCGCCAACCCCGAGAAGGCGGCCGCCGCCGCCGCCGCCGCUGCCGCGCGCGUCUUCUUCCCGCAGUCGGCCGCCGCGGCCGCCGCGGCCGCCGCCGCCGCCGCCGCGGGCAGCCCCUACUCGCUGCUCGACCUGGGCUCCAAGAUGGCAGAGAUCUCGUCGUCGUCGUCCGGCCUCCCGUACGCGUCGUCGCUGGGCUACCCGACCGCGGGCGCCGGCGCCUUCCACGGGGCGGCGGCGGCGGCUGCAGCGGCGGCCGCGGCCGCCGGGGGGCACACGCACUCGCACCCCAGCCCGGGCAACCCGGGCUACAUGAUCCCGUGCAACUGCAGCGCGUGGCCCAGCCCCGGGCUGCAGCCGCCGCUCGCCUACAUCCUGCUGCCGGGCAUGGGCAAGCCCCAGCUGGACCCUUACCCCGCGGCCUACGCCGCCGCGCUAUGA